AAAAGAACAAGGACGGCGAGAUGCAGUUUGCUGGUGGAGCGAACAAGACAGAUGUUCCAGCCUGACGUCACGCAGCAGAAAGCAGCAGUCUCGUCGUCGGUCGACGACGUCGCCGUCGUCGUCUUCGUUGUUCUAGAAAAGCCUCCAGAGUGAACGGUGGAACGGUGAAGUGAUUUGAAGCGAGCUUAACACGGUUGUGUGUUCAACAAACAAGUGACAAUUUGUGAACGUUUGGGAAACGCAAAAAAAAAGAAGAAGUGUUAGAAUGUAUACCAUGGACGAUAAGACGUCGUCCGGGAGUGGGGGAGGGGCGAGUGUGAGCGGGUGCAGUGGGGAAACGAAGGUCAUUUAUCACAUUGACGAUGAGACGACGCCGUACUUGGUCAAGAUCCCACUGCCGUCAGCCCAGGUCACGCUGAAGGACUUUAAGCUGGUGCUGAACAAACAGAACAUCAACUACAAGUACUUCUUCAAGUCGAUGGACGCCGACUUUGGCGUGGUGAAGGAGGAGAUUGCAGACGAUUCCACAAUAUUGCCAUGCUUCAACGGGAAGGUCGUGUCGUGGCUGGUGACGGCCGACGGUUCGAACCAGUCGGACUGUUCCGAGAUGCAACCGUCGGAGAUCAUCGAUGGGCGGCCGACGUUGGCUCAGCUGCGCACGAUGAACAAGCCGAUGAACAACAUGAUGAACAUCCCGAUGAACCCGUUGACGUACCAGUCCGCUUCGGUGGUAUCCAGCGAUCUGGACUCGACCAGCUUGUUCGAGACGGAGAGUGAAAUCACGCUGGAUCGGGACAUGACGGAGUGCAGUAGCGUGCAGCGAUUGCAGGUGCGGAAAAAGCCUCAGCGUCGUAAAAAGCGGGCACCAACCAUGUCCCGAACGUCGUCGUACAGUUCCAUAACCGACUCAACGAUGUCGCUGAACAUAAUUACGGUGCAGAUUAACAUGGACACGGUCAAUUUCCUCGGUAUCUCGAUCGUGGGUCAGUCGAAUCGGGGCGGCGAUGGAGGCAUCUACGUGGGCAGUAUCAUGAAGGGUGGAGCGGUGGCCCUGGACGGGCGAAUCGAGCCCGGUGACAUGAUCCUGCAGGUUAACGACGUCAACUUUGAGAAUAUGACCAACGACGAAGCGGUUCGGGUUCUGCGCGAGGUGGUCCAGAAGCCCGGCCCGAUCAAACUAGUAGUUGCCAAAUGCUGGGACCCGAAUCCCAAGGGGUACUUUACGAUACCCCGCACGGAACCGGUCCGGCCAAUAGACCCGGGGGCGUGGGUAGCGCACACCGCCGCCCUCCGCUCCCAGGACACCAUCAACACAGAACUGCCCGAGUCCGUGCUGGAGCGGCUACACGUCGACUUGGACAUGAAGGACAUCGUACGUGCAAUGACCAAACCCGACAGUGGCCUGGAGAUCCGCGACCGGAUGUGGCUGAAAAUCACUAUUCCUAACGCGUUCAUCGGCGCCGACGUCGUCAACUGGAUCCUCGAGAACGUGGACGGCAUUGGCGACCGGCGGGACGCCCGCAAGUACGUCUCCCUGAUGCUGAGGCGGGGCUACAUCAAGCACACCGUCAACAAGCUGACCUUCUCCGAGCAGUGCUACUACGUGAUCGGCAACGGCAUCCGGCAGGACAUCUCCGCCAUGUCGCUGGACGAUACGGAGAGCAUGCUCAGCGAUAUCGCCCCGCUGCCAAAUCCACCGAUCUACAUGACCUACUCCGGCAACUACAACCCGUCGCACGGCUACCAGCCCAUCCAGUACGGGUGCACCGGCGAGCGGCAUCCCUCGUCCGGCUCCAGCAGUUCCGACAUCCUGACCAGCAAGGACACGUCCGCCUCGCAGAGCGACAUCGCGGCCGUCAUCCAGCAAACCAACCAGAUGACGCUCGCGAACGCGUCCAACAAAUCGUCCGGAUCCUCGAACCGCGGUAAUGAGCAAGAUAUGUCAGAGUUUAAAAGUGGUGGCAUCCGUGGUGGAGGCGGCAGCGGCGGCGGUAGCAUCGGUGGCAAGCAGCAGUUCCAGCAGCAGCAGCAGCAGCAGCACCAACAGUUCCAGCUGACCAGUGGCAGUGCCAACGACGACGAGGGCUACGAGGAGAGUCUGUACUUCCAGCCGACGCGGACGCUCACCCGGAAGGACCAGCAGCAACAAGUCAUCUACCACAAUACCGGGGGUGGUGGCGGAUUCGGCAAGUUGUAAGAAGGGAAUUGGGAGUGUGAGGGAUGGUAAGGAAGAGUGGAGGGGGGGGGGGAGCAUGCCAAAAGUCUUCUUUAUCGAUCUUCCAUGCCAUGCAGAUUUUUUUUCAUGAUUGCUGUCAAAAAAUGUCCCAAAACUAACUCCAUUCGUCACAUCAAAAAGGGGAGAAUCUGUACCAUAAAUUGCCAAAAAAGGAGCAUUUCGUCGUGGUUGUGCUAUGUUGUCGCACGUGACUUUAUGACGUUUCGUAGAAAACAUAUUUUAACAUAACCUCACUUUUCGCCACACACAGCAAACGUCAAACCAGAAAAAAGUUGCUGACGCAUUGUUUGAGGUUUGUACUGGUUUGACGUUCGCUGAGAAUGCCAAAGAGUGAGGUUAUGUCGCUACAUGCCAACGGCAAUGUGAGUGAGCCACAAGUAUAAACAAAAAAUGUAAACAAUAGAAGGGAUUUCAAGGUUGACAAUCUGCAUCUGACUACGAUAAAUGUAUGCAAUGUAGCAACAUUAUUCUGAUUUUAAAUCAGGCUUUGAAUAUUUUUGAAAUUGAGACCGUGGCACUUACGACAACCUAGCACGAUGGCGACGAUUGCCAUUCUGGAAACAAUGUCCACAAAUCUGGAGCGACAAAAAUCACGAAACAAACAUCACAAAAUGAAGAAAGUUUUUUUUUCUGCCAACAACAGCUAUUUAAUGAUGGCAGGCCCAAAAAGACGGAAAUUUCGAAACAAAAGAGUGCAACUCUGCCAAGGGGAAGUUUUCGCUCUGUUUGAAAGCAAUUCAUUCCAAAUAUUAAGAGGGAUGAGUGUGUUUCGUCUGUCAAAGGCAAGAUGGCCCAAUUUUGAAGGAAGGGUCGAGAAUUUAAAGGUUUUUGUUAGUGCAAACUCGGAAAAACGCGAAAAA